AAUUCGUGGUGAUAAAUGAUAAGACCAAGACAACAGCGCGGGGAGCGACGCCACGGCCCGCAAGCGUCGCGUGUGUGGGCCCGCGGGCAGGAAGGGAUAACAGCGGCAGCGGGGUGCGCGGGCCGCGCUGCGCCCCUCCUGCGGCGCCGCCUGCCCAUCUCGAAGUGGCUGCCCACCUACGGCCGCGAGGACGCCGUCGCCGACCUGGUGGCCGGCUUCACCCUGGGGCUCACCCUCAUCCCCCAGAGCAUCGCCUACGCCCUGCUCGCCGGCCUGUCGCCGCAGUAUGGACUGUACUCGUCGUUCCUGGGCAGCCUGCUGUACGUGCCGCUGGGCACCAUCAAGGAGGUGUCCAUCGGGCCCACGUCGCUCAUGUCGCUGCUCACCUCGGAGUACACGCACGACCAGCCGGUGCAGGUCGUCGUCCUCCUCACCUUCCUGACGGGGGCCGUGCAGAUGCUGAUGGCGCUGCUGCAGCUCGGCUUCUUGGUGGACCUCAUCUCGGACCCCGUGACGUCAGGCUUCACCUCGGCGUACUCCGUCAUGAUCGCCGUGUCGCAGGUCAAGGGGCUGCUGGGGCUGCGGUUCAAGGCCCACGGCUUCGUGGACACCCUAUACCAGCUCGGCCGCCACAUCCACGAGGCCAAGCUGGCCGACUCCCUGCUCGGCUUGGGCUGCAUUGCCGUGCUGCUGUCAAUGAAGAAACUGAGCACGGCGGGCGCGCCUGGCAGCCGCGUGCGCCGCGCAGCCUGGGUGCUCUCCAUCGGCCGCAACGCCAUCGUGGUGCUGGUGUGUGCCGUCGUCGCGUACGUGCUGGAGCAGGGCGGCGGCGCGCCCUUCGCACUGUCUGGCCAGGUGGAGCCCGGCCUGCCGCCCCUGGACCUGCCGCCCUUCUCUGCUCCGGGACCCGGCAACGCCACGCUGUCCUUCACGGACAUGGUCUCCUCCUACGGCGGCGGUCUGCUGGUCGUGCCCGUGGUCGGCGUGCUGGCCAACAUCGCCAUCGCCAAGUCCUUCUCCAACGGCGCGCCCGUUGACGCCUCGCAGGAGAUGGUGACGCUGGCCGUGUGCAACCUGCUGGGGUCCUUCGUGAGCUCCAUGCCCACUUGCGGCGCCUUCACGCGCUCGGCCGUCAGCAACGCCUCGGGGGUGCGCACGCCGCUGUCCGGGCUGUACUCGGGAGCUAUGAUCCUGCUGGCCCUGGUGCUGCUCACGCCCUACUUCUACUACAUCCCCAAGGCGACGCUGGCGGCCGUCCUCAUCAGCGCCGUCGUCUUCCUGGUCGACCUGGACAUUCUCCGCCCCUUGUGGCGCAGCUCUAAACGGUCCCUGCUGGUGACGGUGCUGACUUUCGCGGCCUGCCUGGGCAUGGGGGUGGAGGUCGGGCUGCUGCUGGGCGUGGCCCUGGAGCUCGCCUACCUGGUGUACCUGUGGGCGCGGCCGCCCGUUACAGUGCAGCUCUGCAAGGCGAGCUGGGGCGAGUACGUGCUCGUCCGGCCCGACGUGGGCCUCUUCUUCCCCGCCGUGGGCGUGGUGCGCGACGCCGUGCUCCUCGCCUCCACGCAGGAGGGCGCUGGCGGGCUGCCCUUGGUGCUGGACUGCGCGCACUUCAGGAACCUCGACUACACCGCCGUCAAGGGACUGGAGGCGCUGGUCCGAGAGCUGGGCAAGCGCGGCCAAGCACUGCGCUUCAUGGGACUGUCGGGCUCCGCGUUGCGCGUCGUCGCCGCCCUGGACAUGCAGGGCUUCGCGCACUGCGCCGCACCCAGAGACCUGCCCGACCUGCUGCUCGCCGACGGGGACAAGCUGGUCGCGGACAGGGACAGCUUGUCGAGGGCCGAGACCCGGGUGGCGCUGGUUCGCGUGGACGCGGACGGCAGCGACGCCAACGAGGUGGCGUCCAGGGCGCUGGCCGAGGCCCCCGACAGGGACGCCGUGGACGGGCUGCGAGAAGCACCGCAAGAGGCACCGCACGAGCUGAGCGCGUUGCAGGGCAAGAAGCAAUAAAGAUAUCCGGCAGAGA